AGUGUGACGUAUAAUCUAGUGGACGGGACGCUCCUUCAACAACAACAGCUAGUCAGACACCUCAGUAGCUUUCUAGCAAACAUAGCUACAACAUUCACGCUCUUUACACUGUUUUUGGUGUAUAUUAGUCGCUGUGUAUUAAACACACUUCUGUCGUAUGUACUUGUUGGCCCAUUUAAUUAUAUGUUUACGUUGUUUGUCAGCUAGCUGGUUUGCUAAAUUAUCUUAGAACUAAGCUAGUCGCUAAUGCUAGCUAGCUAACAUCCCCGACCAUGAGUUCACUAAGCUACUCUCCUCCUGAUAAAGAAGAGGUCUGCUGGACGGAGAAAGAAGCUCUCGUCAAAGAGGAGGAGGAAGAGAAGGAUGGUACAAUACAAAAAGAAGUAGAGGGUGAGGCUGUUACCGUGAAAGAAGAAGAGAAAGACGUUUCAGUGAAAGAAGAGGAAGACGCGUUCAGAGUGAAAGAGGAGGAGGAUGUUACAGUAAAAGAAGAGGAGGAAGCGAAAGAGGAGGAUGAUGCAGUUUAUGGCGUGAAAGAGAAGGGGGAGAUGACUGUCACAUUGGAGGAAGAAGAGGAGGUUGGAGAUCUGUUUAACACCAGAGAGAUACUAGACUAUCGUGGAUCCUCUGGGGAGCCUCAACAACCUCAUGAUGCUGACGAGGCAGAGAUGAGUCUCUCCAGAUCAGAACACCUCAAUAAACACCUGCAGAGAUCCACAGGGAAGAGACCUCACUGCUGCUCUGACUGUGGGAAGAGAUUCACCUCCUCAUCAGGCAUUAAAAUUCAUCAGAGAAUCCACACAGGAGAGAAACCUUAUAGCUGUGGUCAAUGUGGAAAGAGGUUUACUCAGUCAACAGGCCUGAUAUCACACCAGAGAAUACACACAGGAGAUAAACCUUAUAGCUGUGAUCAAUGUGGGAAGAGUUUUACUACAUCUAGCACUCUGACUUUACACCAGAGAAUACACACAGGAGAGAAACCUUAUAGCUGUGGUCAAUGUGGGAAGAAGUUUACUCAGUCAACCGGCCUGAUAUCACAUCAGAGAAUACACACAGGAGAUAAAUCUUAUUGCUGUGAUCAAUGUGAGAAGAGUUUUACAACAUCUGUCUCUCUGACUUUACACCAGAGAAUACACACAGGAGAGAAACCUUAUAGCUGUGGUCAAUGUGGGAAGAGUUUUGGUCAAUCUGGCAAUCUGACAGUGCACCAGAGAAUACACACAGGAGAUAAACCUUAUAGCUGUGAUCAAUGUGGGAAGAGGUUUACCACAUCUGUCUCUCUGACAGUGCACCAGAGAAUACACACAGGAGAGAAAUCUUAUAGCUGUGGUCAAUGUGGGAAGAGUUUUGGGCAAUCUGGCAAUCUGACAGUGCACCAGAGAAUACACACAGGAGAGAAACCUUAUAGCUGUGAUCAAUGUGGGAAGAGUUUUACUACAUCUGGCGCUCUGACUUUACACCAGAGAAUACACACAGGAGAGAAACCUUAUAGCUGUGAUCAAUGUGGGAAGAGUUUUACUACAUCUGGCUCUCUGACUUUACACCAGAGAAUACACACAGGAGAGAAAUCUUAUAGCUGUGAUCAUUGUGGGAAGAGUUUUACUGCAUCUGGCUCUCUGACAGUGCACCAGAGAACACACACAGGAGAGAAACUUCAUAACUUAUAACUGUUGUCAAUGUGGGAAGAGAUUUACUACAUCUAGCCAGCUUACUUUACACACAGGAGAGACAUCUCUUAACUAUAAUCAAUGUGGGAAGAGAGACACUGAUAAAAGAUCUCUAAUUAAACAUCAGAAAAUGCAUGAAGGAGUUGUUUCGUGAUAUCAAUGAAAUAAUGACACAAUGCAGAAUGUUUUAACAUUGUAGUAGGAGUGUUUUAAUGAUGUCACAAUGUAGAACCCUAAUCGUUUGCCCCCUGUUCUAUUGAUUUCAGCAUUAUAUGGAUAUUAGCCUCAGGGCAAAAAUCCAGGCUCUGAAUUGAAAGACUACUAUUUAUGUAAUAUAACAAAAGUGACUAACAAAAAAAGAGUUGUGUUAUACUUAACACGUUGGUGACCCACUUGAAUCAAAAUGCAACACUUCAAAAUGUUUAGGUUUUCAAUAUAUCCAAACUGUUUCUGCAUAUUGGUUAUUGAUUUGAACACGUUAAAACUGUGCUAAUUGUCUUUAUUCCACUACUGAAGUAGCAUGCCUCAAGUCACCUUACAUUUCAAACAUUCAGCCUGACAAAAGAUACAUGUUUUAUUAUUCCAUGCCUCAUCAUUAAAUGAAUUAUUGCCAAUACAUAUUAACCUUUCUAGGGCGCUACCCCUCGACAACAUUCCGCCGAAAAGGCAGCUUGCGAAAUUCUAAAAUAUGUUUUACAAGUAUGUCACUUUCACACAUUAACAAGUCCAAUGCAGCAAAUGAAAGAUAAACAUCUUGUUAAUCUACCCAUCUUGUCCGAUUUCAAAAAUGCUUUACAGCGAAAGCACACCAUAUGAUUAUGUUAGGUCAUAGCCAAGUCAAAAAAACACAGCCAUUUUUCCAGCCAAAGGUAGGAGUCACAAAAAGCAGAAAUAUAGAUCAAAUUAAUCACUUACCUUUGAUGAUCUUCAUCAGAUGACACUCAUAGGACAUCAUGUUACACAAUACAUGUAUCUUUUGUUCGAUAAUGUGCAUAUUUAUAUCCAAAAAUCUCUUUACAUUGGCAUGUUACGUGCAGUAAUGUUUUGAUUCCAAAACAUCCGGUGAUGCAGAAAUGCUCAUAAUAAACAUUGAUAAAAGAUACAAGUGUUAUUCACAGAAUUGAAGAUAGACUUCUCCUUAAUGCAACCACUGUGUCAGAUUUUUUUUAAAACUUUACGGAAAAAGCAUAAUCUGAGAACGGCGCUCAGAGCCCAAUCCAGCCAGAAAAAUAUCCGCCAUUUUGGAGUCAAAAGAAGUUUGAAAUAUUCACUUACCUUUGAUGAUCUUCAUCAGAAGGCACUCCCAGGAAUCCCAGUUUGACAAUAAAUGACUGAUUUGUUCCAUAAAGUCCAUCAUUUAUGUCCAAAUAGCCACUUGUUGUUAGCGUGUUCAGCCCAGCAAUCCAUCUUCAUGAGGUGUGAGCACAAAAACUCGAAACGUUCCAUUACAGGUCAUAGAAACAUAUCAAACGAUGUAUGGAAUCAAUCUUUAGGAUGUUUUUAACAUAAAUCAUCAAUAAGCUUCCAAACGGAGGAUUCCUAUGUCUGUAGAAAAGCCAUGGAACGAGAGCUAACUCGUGUCGGGAGCGCGCGUCAUGAGACCAAGGCACUCUGCCAGACCACUGACUCAAACAGCUCUCAUGAGCCCCUCCUUUAUAGUAGAAUCCUCAUUCAAGUUUCUAAAGACGGUUGACAUCUAGUGGAAGCCUUAGGAAGUGCAACUGUAUCCAUAUCCCACUGUGUAUUUGGUAGACCAAGUUUUGAAAAACUACAAACCUCAGAUUUCCCACUUCCUGGUUGGAUUUUCUCAGGUUUUCGCCUGCCAUAUGAGUUCUGUUACAUUCACAGACAUCAUUCAAACAGUUUUAGAAACUUCGGAGUGUUUUCUAUCCAAUACUAAUAAUAAUAUGCAUAUAUUAGCAUCUGGGACAGAGUAGGAGGCAGUUCACUCUGGGCACGCUAUUCAUCCAAAAGUGAAAACGCUGCCCCCUUUCCCAAAAAGGUUUUAACAAAGGGGUGUACUUUAGCACGUAUAGCGCGUUAGCAUGUAGGGCGCACUGAUUGGUGUCACCUCAUUAGUCAGUAUGUGUUACACCUGUGCUGACUUGUCCAUCUCGUUAGUGGGACGGUGUUUCACCUGAGCUGAUCCAGGUUAUAUUUUAGAGUGUCUGGCCCAGUACUCCAGUUGUCUUGAUAGAUGUGGAGAGUCAACACCUUUAGUUGCUCCACCAUUUUGGUUUGCUUCCUGUCUUUAAGUUUGGUUUAGUGUGGUGUGGUUUUUUGUUUUGUUUUCCUCUUCUUUGGCAGAUUUAGUGGGUCUCAUGGUGGGUGCCUUUUAUGUCCCAGUUGUUACUAGUCAACUUUCAGUGGACACCCCCAUUCAGAACCCCUCCUAAAAAACAAGCUUAUAUUUUGGGUUGGAUAUUGCAUCCAAUUAGUAUUUUAAUCAAUGGCAUUUCCUUAGAAUGUUCAUUAGUCUUUCAGUUGUUAAUCUGGUUCUUUUAUCCUGUUAUGUUUGUGUACAGAUAAUUCUGUUUAUUUUCAUAGUUUUUUCCUGUGAUGCCAUUGUGUUGCAUCCAUGUCUGACAUGUGCUGUAUAAAUAAACCUUGAUUUGAUUUCAA